UACUAUAAGCUAAACACAUUCCCGAACUUUCUAGUCCGAUCAAUCCCUUGUUUUCUCAAGAUAUUUUCGGGCUUUCCUCCGUUGUCCAAUUCCCUCUAUCCCCAAUAACCGACUUUACAAAACCCACUUUCUACACAUCUUUUGGCGCCCUAUAAAUGUCGACAAACAAUAAUUAUCUCCAACAUUCUCAUGUCUACCAACUACAAAUACUACAAUUUCUGCAAAUCACACACAAAAAACAAAUUCAAGAUAUUUGCUGUACGUAAGAUUCUUGGUGAAGCUUUAAAUUUUACAUUCGUGAGAAACAAUGGCGGCUGACAUAGCGUCGGAAUCAUACUACACUGUACUUGGUGUGAGUAAAGCGUCGUCAAUUGAGGAAAUUCGUCGUGCUUUUCGCAAACUAGCUAUGCAAUGGCAUCCUGAUAAGUGGGUCAAUAACCCUGCCAUGCUUGGUGAGGCUAAGAAAAAAUUUCAGAAAAUCCACGAGGCCUAUUCAGUGUUGUCAGAUCCCAGUAAGAGGACAAUGUAUGAUGCAGGCUUGUAUGAUCUUAUUGACGAAGUGGAUGAGGGAUUUUGUGAUUUUAUGCAAGAUUUGUCGUCACUUAUGUCACAAGUCAGAGAUGAGGAGAAAGAUAGUAGCAUGGAAGACCUCCAAAGUAUGUUUAUGGAGAUGUUCCAAGGAUUUCAAUCCCCUCAGUGGUCCUGUAGUCCCUCAGUGGUUGGCAACCAAGGCUGUGCAGCAAGAAGCUGAGUUGAUGGGACGAACAUCCCAAAGCACAUAGUUCAGUUCUCAGGUGUUGGGAAUGUCAUAUCAGGUCGAUGUCCUUAAUUUUUGAUAGAUUGAUCGUAACCCUUUGUUGAGAGCAAAGCUAGAAUGUCGCAUAGCGAGUGUGCCUGCCCUGUUUGUAUAUAUCAUGAAAAUGAACUCAUGUUUCAAACAGAUGGUGAGAAACGAGACCGCUGGAAUUGACUAUGCAUAUUAUUAGUUGUAUCUGGUACGUGUCAUGUAUAUUUAGUGUCUUGUGUAUAUGGUGUGCCGUGUCGUGCUUGACUUUGUGAAGUGGCCGAGUUCAGUUUUGCGGGAUUGAGUUUGUACCAUGCGUUUCUGACUUUUUUUUUGUAAAACGUAGUCUCCCUCUGCGGGGUUGAGUUUGUACUUUGCUUUUCUAACAUUUUCUGUAAAACGUAGUCUCACUCUUACAACAAGUAUAGAUAUUAUUGUUGUCGUUUUAGUAUUAUUGAUUUUGUUUUCAUCA